CCCAGGAGUCUUUCUGUCAAUCAUAAAACUUCUACCAACCCUCCUUAACACAAUGCCGGGCGAAAAGCAAAGGUACAUCAAGCUGCAAGUGUAUGUGCAGAAGAAGGACGGAAUAUCUGAUGAGGAGUUCCACAAGCAUUGGGCUAAUAUCCAUGGCGAUGAAUGCAAGAAGAUACCGGAGUUCAACAAAUAUGUCAAACGAUAUCAACAGUUUCACCAGACACCAGAGGAUCGCGAAUUAGCGAAGACAGUUCUUGGAGACGAAACUCUGCCUUAUGACGGGUGUGCAGAGUUCUGGAUAGAGAACCUCGAGGACUUCAAGAAGUUCCGCAGUUGUCCGGGUUUCAAGACGAUAGCCAUGGCUGAUGCUGCGCAUUUCAUCGGUGCAGCGCCAGUUUGCAUGGUUGGCUAUGAGUGGCUUCAACAUGGUCCAUCGACGUUCUAAGUUUUCAAGGUAUGGUGACGGUGAGCCUAUGGGGAAUGUCUUGGGACAGAUAGCGUACGUCCAAUUAGCCGUACAAUUCAUCCAGCUUGAUGCCAA